AUGCAAAAUCAAAGCUUUGUCACUGAGUUUGUCCUCCUGGGAAUUUCACAGAAUCCAGAUGUUCAGAAAAUUGCAUUUGUCAUAUUUCUGUUUGUCUACAUUGCAACCAUCAGCGGCAACCUGCUAAUUGUGGCAGCCAUCACCAAUAAUGCAGCACUCCUGGGCUCCCCGAUGUACUUCUUCCUGGUUUUUCUAUCUUUACUAGAUGCAUGCCAUAGCUCAUCUAUUGCCCCAAAAAUGAUAAUAGACUGUCUCUAUGAGAAGAAAACCAUCUCCUAUAGAGGUUGUAUGAUGCAGGUCUUUGCUGGACACAUAUUUUCUGGAGCAGAGGUGAUUGUCCUCACAGCCAUGGCCUAUGACAGGUAUGUGGCCAUCUGCAAACCCUUGCACUAUGCGUCCAUCAUGAAUUCAAGGCUCUGUGGCAUUUUGAUGGGGGUAGCCUGGACAGGGGGCUUUCUCCACUCCAUUAUUCAACUUCUCUUUACUAUCCAGCUGCCUUUCUGUGGCCCCAAUGUCAUUGAUCAUUUCAUGUGUGACUUGUACCCAUUACUGAAGCUGGCCUGCACUGACACUUACAUGUUUAGCCUUUUGGUGGUGGCCAACAGCGGGCUCAUCUGCAUCCUGAUCUUCUCUAUGUUGCUUGUAUCUUAUGGGGUUAUCUUGUUCUCCCUGAGACACCACAGCAGUGAAGGUCAGAAGAAAGCGCUCUCUACCUGUGGAUGUCAUGUUGCUGUUGUGGUUUUGUUCUUUAUUCCUUGUAUAUUUGAGUAUGCACGACCUCCAGUUUCUUUCUCCUUUGACAAAAUCGUGGAGAUAUUCUACACUAUUCUAACUCCUUUACUCAAUCCUUUGAUUUAUGCUUUCAGAAAUAAGGAAGUGAAAAAUGCCAUUGGCAAACUGUGCAGUAGGAUAAUGACGGUUUCUGUUGAAAAAUAA